UUCUCGGAGCAGGGCGGGGGAGGGGAGAAGGGGGCAGCCGGGGGCCCGGCCCCGCUGCCUCGAGGGGAGACCCAGCCAUGUCGUUCGCGCUGGAGGAAACGCUGGAAUCGGACUGGGUGGCCGUGCGGCCGCACGUCUUCGAGGAGCGGGAGAAGCACAAGUUCGUCUUCAUCGUGGCCUGGAACGAGAUCGAGGGCAAGUUUGCCAUAACCUGUCACAACCGCACGGCCCAGAGGCAGAGGAGCGGCUCCCGGGAGCCGGCGGCCCCCCGAGGCGCGGCCGAGGCCGGAGCCCCGCCGGACAGCCCGGGCCCCCGGAGCGCGGGGGGCAGCCCGGUCUCGCGAGGCCGAGGGGAGCCGCUCGCCGGCCGCAGGAGCCCCAGCCUGCGGCGGAGCCCGGCCUGGGCGGAAGGCGGCGCGGCGCGGAGCGCGCACCCGCGGGGGGACGCCUCGCUCCGGGGCCCCACGACCAAAGCCGGAGAUCCAGCGCGGGCCCAGCCCAGCCCGGGCAGGAAAGCUCCGGCGAAGCGGGACCCGGUCCCGGCGGAAGCGCCCGGCCCGGCUUCGGUGAGGGUGGUGAGCGCGUCCGGUGCGGCGGCCGAGGAGAUCGAGGUGCUGGAGCUGGUGAAGGAGGACGAAGCGGCGCCGACGCUCCUGGAGCUCUCCGAGCCCGAGCCGCCGGAGCCGCCAACCGAACUGGACUCGCCUCCGGAGGAGUGCAGCUGGGCCGGGCUCUUCUCCUUCCAGGAUCUGCGCGCUGUGCACCAGCAGCUGUGCUCGGUGAACUCUCAGCUGGAACCCUGCCUGCCCCUCUUCCCCGAGGAGCCCUCCGGCAUGUGGACUGUGCUGUUCGGGGGAGCCCCGGAGAUGACCGAGCAGGAGGUGGACAGUCUCUGUUACCAACUCCAGGUCUACCUGGGCCAUGCUUUGGACACCUGCGGCUGGAAAAUUCUUUCCCAGGUUCUUUUCACAGAGACUGACGACCCGGAGGAAUAUUACGAGAGCCUAAGCGAGCUGCGGCAGAAGGGCUACGAGGAGGUGCUGCAGCGGGCCAGGAGGAGGAUUCAGGAGUUAUUAGAAAAACAUAAGAACACAGAAAGUAUGGUGGAGCUUCUUGACCUAUAUCAGAUGGAGGAUGAAGCAUAUAGCAGUCUAGCAGAAGCCACAACUGAAUUAUACCAGUACUUAUUACAGCCAUUUCGAGAUAUGCGGGAACUUGCAAUGCUGAGAAGACAACAGAUAAAGAUUUCUAUGGAGAAUGAUUAUCUGGGGCCCCGUAGAAUUGAAAGUCUCCAAAAAGAAGAUGCUGAUUGGCAACGCAAAGCCCACAUGGCAGUGUUGUCUAUUCAAGAUCUCACUGUCAAGUAUUUUGAAAUAACAGCUAAGGCUCAAAAAGCUGUGUAUGAUAGGAUGAGAGCAGAUCAGAAAAAAUUUGGUAAAGCAUCAUGGGCAGCAGCAGCUGAAAGGAUGGAAAAACUUCAAUAUGCAGUUUCAAAGGAAACUCUGCAGAUGAUGAGAGCUAAAGAAAUAUGUUUGGAACAGAAGAAACAUGCAUUAAAAGAAGAGAUGCAGAGCUUGCAAGGCGGCACAGAAGCUAUUGCCCUUUUGGAUCAGUUAGAAGCAGAUUAUUAUGAUCUGCAACUUCAGUUGUAUGAAGUACAGUUUGAGAUCUUGAAGUGUGAGGAGUUACUGCUAACAGCUCAACUUGAAAGCAUCAAGAGACUUGUAUCAGAAAAGAGAGAUGAAGUAGUGUAUUAUGACACUUAUGAAAGCAUGGAGGCAAUGCUUGAAAAGGAAGAGAUGGCAGCAUCUCUACAUCUGCAGAGAGAAGAACUGCAGAAACUUCAGCAGAAAGCUCGGCAAUUGGAAGCAAGGCGUGGGCGAGUUUCGGCCAAGAAAGCCUACCUCAGAAAUAAAAAGGAAAUCUGUAUUGCAAAGCACAGUGAAAAAUUCCAGCAACGCCUUCGGAGUGAAGAUGAAUAUCGGACACAUCAUUCAGUACAACUAAAGAGAGAAAAGUUACAAGAUGAAGAAGAAAGAAAAAGCUCCUGGGUUAGCCAAGAAAGACAGAAGACACUAGAUAGACUUCGCACAUUUAAGCAGCGGUACCCUGGACAAGUCAUACUUAAGUCAACACGACUUCGACUGGCUCAUGCAAGGAGAAAAAGUGUUGCUAGCCCUGUGAGUGUAGAUCAGCCUCAGUCCCUACCAGUAACUCUAAGGACAGAAGAGAAAACUGAAGAGGGGGAACAAGGAAAAGAGGUGCUUCAAUCUUUACAAACCAAGGAACCCCAGAGACUAGCACAACUUGAAGAGCCUUCAUUAGCACAACUUGAAGCCACUUCAUUACCUCCCAGUGGUGUUACAUCUGAACUGCCUCUUGUUGCACCUCUUCCACUUCUUACUGAUAAUGACCUGACACCAGGUACUGUUACUGUUGUCCCACUCCCACCACCUCUUCCUCCAACUCCUCCACCGCCCCCACCACCCCCACCACCUCCACCACCGCCACCCCCUCUACCUACUACUAAGGAUGGUCCCACAGAGUCCCUGGAAAAAGACCUUUCUAAAGUGGAAGGUGAAGAAAAAAGAAUCCCAAAGUCUGCCAGUGCCCCUUCAGCACAUUUCUUUGACAGCAAUCAGCUGGUCAGUGCCAGGAAGAAGCUUAAAAAAACUGCUGAAGGUUUGCAACGGAGAAGAGUGAGUUCACCAAUGGAUGAGGUACUGGCUUCUUUGAAACGUGGUAGUUUUCAUCUGAAAAAGGUUGAACAACGAACUCUGCCUCCUUUUCCUGAUGAAGAUGAUAGUAAUAACAUCUUGGCACAGAUAAGGAAAGGGGUGAAACUGAAGAAGGUACAGAAGGAAGUUUUGAGAGAAUCCUUCACACUCUUGCCUGAUACAGACCCACUAACACGUAGCAUUCAUGAAGCACUUCGAAGAAUUAAAGAAGCAUCACCAGAAUCUGAGGAUGAAGAAGAGAGUUUGCCUUGCACAGAUUGGGAAAACUAACAUGUGACUUAACAGCCACUGAGAGGAAAAAUAAUGCCCACACUUGAAGAUUAUCUUCCUACUCCUUUGGGGAAAAUUUGUGAGCAGUAUGAUUCUGCAGUCUAAGCUGCAUUAGUGCAGUGUGUGAAAAGGGAAGUCAUUUUAUAGGUCAUCUUGAUGAUUCUAUCCAUUCCAGUACAUAGAGGUUAAACAAAGUGAAUUUUAGAUGUGUAAUGUACAUAAUCAUAAUGAAGAGAAUGUCUCUAGGAUGCCCUCCAGUUCUUUUAAAAGCACUUUUUUCAUUUACAUCAAUAGAGUGGCCAGUUAAACUUAGAAGAAUGCUGUUGCAUUGAUGAACAUCUACUGUGAGUUAUGUCAGGACUGCUAUUAAAUCUGCCCUUCAGUGCACUGAGAGAUCAUCUGCUUGAAAAACAGCUCUUCCACAUCAGUUUAUUCCACAGUUAAACAUCUUUUUAAAAAGCAGUCUUAGUUUACCCUAGUAGCUUUAUGACAGGAGUUGUAAGAAAAUUCAGAUGGAAAAUAAUCCCAAACUUCCAUAAUUGUUCAUCUCCAAAAGAAUUUAUGUUAAGAUGUCAUGACAUCUGAACAGAGACAUAGAAUAAUCAUGGGAGAUCCAUAUAUAAAUAUUUAUUUACAAUGACAUGACACACUUAACACGGCACAUUUUUAGGAAGCCACAGUCUUACACUUUGUUUUUUGAAAUAAAACUUUCCAUGCGCUUUUAAAUAGCUCUUAAUUUUGAGUUUAUAGUAGUUUGAAUUUUAUGUGCAACUAUUGUUAUGAGAAGCAAUACUUUGUAACUGGAUAGUACUUCAAAUGUUUUUUAGGCUUUCUGUUUGAACUAUCACUUGAUUACUGUAACUCAUGAAAUUUCUAUUUGGAAUCACAUAUGAAGGUUACUUUAAUUUGUGUUCUAUAUAAAUUUGGUUUUAUGCUCCACAAUUUAAAAACAAAAUGUGCUCCACGAUAAUUUCUAUCAAAAAAUAGACAUUAUAGCCUCUUUGACAACAAUUCACUACCUUUGAGCCCUCCAAGUAAAACUUUGAUGAAUAUUCUUUUGCAUUGGUACUUUGAAAAACAAUUAACAACUAAAGACUAAUAGUUUAAAGGCAGUUUUUUUUUUUCUAUUCAUAAUUGUGAAUAGUUAAGCAUCUCAAUUGGAUUAAACACAAAAUUACUUAAGUAGAGUCUUAUUCUUUCUAUCUAUCUUCAUUCCUUUACAAAAAGAAUUAACUCUGGCAGUAACAAGGGCCCUCAUGAUACCCAGACCUGUAAGACUUUUAGAACAGUAUUAUAGUAAAGUCCCAGUUUAUGUGGACUGCUACUUGUAUUAAUGAAUGGGGGAAAAAAUUAGUAAUGCCGUACUAACUAUCAAUCCCACUUCUUUUAAAGCAGUUGGUGUACAGUGAGAGAGCUGACAAGAUACCCUGGAAAAGGCCACAAGUCUAUUCACAUGUCUAAAGGCCACAAGUCUAUUCACAUGUCUUGACUUUUAAAAGAAACUAAUAAUUUGGAUCAUUUAAUUAUUGAUAUUGCCAAGUAUUGUUUGUUGAAGAGUUUAAAGAAAUAUUUGGAAAGUACUUGUGAGCCACCUUUUUCCAAAGUGACACUCUUUUUAUUCAAGCAACAUUUUACAGCUUGAUAUCUUACCUAGGCAGAUUACUAAUACAGAUUUAAUGUGUGAAAUUUCAUUGUCCUAUAGAAUCUUUUAACAAAAUAUUGCACAACAGUAAAAUAAUUAAAAUUUUCUUUUUAAUUAAAAAGUUGGAGUUUAGUAAUACUGUUUUUGUUUUUAAAGUUAGCAGCUUUAUAAACAAUUACAUACAUGAAAAAAAAAAGUUUUCCCACCUUAGGACUUUUUCUUAUUAAUACAUGUAACCAUAACAGAGACCCUUUUAAAAUUAACAGCGGUACAUAUUUGGAACCUCAUUGUGGAAUUAUUUCACAUAAAGCAGAAUUUGGUUUAAGAAUGUUCCAUUUUCAGCUACCAAAAGCACUUCAUAUAAGAGUCUUAAAAUAGUUUCCAUUGCCAUUAUGUAAUGACAAUAUCAAAGCAAGGCUACAUUGUUUAUAUCAAGUUGAUGUCCAAUAGUAAGAUGACUGAUUUCACUUCACCAACUACUAAUAUAACUUAUGGUUUGUCUUUUUUUUUUUAACAUGAAAUUUGAAAUGUCAGCAAUGUUAAACAAGAUCAUAUUCUUUACUUACUCAAUACUCUUUCCUCCAUUAAAAUGUGGGCUGAUUGUAUUAGCCUUAUAUGUAUGUUGUAACUAUAUUUAUAAAAGUUACAAGAGCUACUUGUUUUAUUGAAAAAGUUGUCUGAUUUACUUCCUUUCAAUUAAACCUGUGAUUUAAACAGACAAUUUUAUUAUUGUUAAUUUAUCAUGUUUCCAUAAUGAGAAUUAUAAGUUAAUAUACAGUUCCAGUCCAAGCUGCCAUGUAUUUAAAUAGGAAAGCAAGUGUGUGUUGACUUGGGAUGUUAAAAGAUAAACCUUGAGAGUCAUUUUCACAUAUUUCUUCUAUAUAGAAUUGAACUUGUAUAUAUUGCCAUGUAUAGUGUAUAGAAAAAGUAUUCCUAAUGCUGCAGAAUCUUGGUGGUGCUGUCACAGUGUGGGAAAAUGCCUGGCUUAGGAGACUUUACAAAGUUUUUGUUUGACAUAUCUUUGCAGACUUUAAUAAGCAUGUGAGUAGUAUAAAAAAUAUAAUUCCAAGUUCUAUCCCCUAAACCUUUGGAGCAGAAAUGUUUUUAUAAGGUGCAUUUUGAAAAGACUCAAUCCAGCUACAAAAUAAUGCAUAGUAUAUUAUUUCAUAACUUUCCAUUACAUGAAAUUCUAACCAUUUAUUCUUCUUGUAUGUACCAGAAAACAUCUACUUGUUUAUUACAAGCUGAGUGAGAUGUGUAAUAAUAAUAGAUAAUCUAGCGGACGGGGAUAUAUGAGUUUUAAGACAUGAGGAACAUACUGCUGCCCAUCACAGAUUGCAAGAAUUCAUAGUCAUAAGUGAAAGAAAAGCCAAAAUGGAGGACAACAUCUGUGUUUUGGAAUGGAUACAUAUCCAUAAAAAAAAUUUUAUUCAUCUGUUAUGUUUGCAUAAGAUAAAGGUAGCUUAGGGGGAAAGUUUUCUGGUUGUGAUUUUUGUUUUUUAUAAAACACAAAACAACAUUAAAGUUUUGUAACACACGCUUAACAUCAGCUAUUUACUUGUAAAAAGAACUCGUGUCCUUAGAGGCAAUAUCAGGGAUUUGGGGUUUCAUAUACUUUACAUGGCUCUUUGCAAAGAACCAUUUUGCCUUUAACAUAUUUUUCAUUUAGUAAAAUGUUUCAGAACUCUGGCAAGUACAUUAUUGAAAUGCAAUUAAUUGAUAAGAGCCCUAAACUUAAUUGUUAUUAGCAUUUGUUCUUUUUGUUGCACUGAAUUAAUAUUAUAAUUUAUAAGGCUUUGUAUUCAUUUUAAACAGAUUUUAUUUUCUUUUUAAUAAUUAUAUUCUGUUAUUUCUGAUAAAUUCCCAAAAGAAUGAAAGAAAAUUGUAUGCAUAACAUUAGAGAAUUAUUACAGAUGUUACAAAGCAGUGAGGGUUAUUUCAAAAAAAAGAGAUAAAAAUGAAAGCACCUUACUGUUGGAGCACAUUGCAUUUAUUUAGGACUACUGACAGAUAACGGUAGUUAUGUUUGAACUUUAUUGCAAAGUGCUCUCUAGCUAAAGCACACUGACCAAUGUCACUGCUAAUUAGUUGCUCUAUAAAAGGAAGCAAUGGAUAUUUUCUAGCCUAUAAAAUAUAGUAUAAUGUUUUCCUACAAAAUGAAUUUAUAUUGCUGUCUAAACUGUCACGUACAUAACAUUUAGAGGUUUUUAAAGGUGGGAGGGAGCUGCCAGUAUACUUUCUGGAUCAAUUUUUAUAUGUUUUGUCUUUGUGUUGUAUACAUGUAUACACAUAUGUGUGCAUGCACGCAUAAAUAUAAAUGUUUAUCUUAUCAAGAUAUUUUUAAAAGGUCUGUUCAUUCCAUAUUCCUAAAUUUGAUCCACAAUGUUUACACCUUGGCACUUGUAGGUCUUAAUUGUGAUUCUAACAGAACAAAUCCUUUAUCAUUUGCCUUCAGGCAUUCCAAAUUCACUGAGUGAAUGUCUCCUCCCCUUUCUGCCUCCCCACAUCCCAUUCCCCCCCCCCCAAAAAAAAAAAAAAAAA